UCGCAUUGAAAUGUAAUUAUUAUGUGAUUGCAAUGUUCAAAAGUUUGGUGUUUAAUCUGUAUUUGUGUUGUGUUGUCGCCACCUACUGGUGGACCUGAGUGUGGCGCUUUGUGGUGCGCAUGCUUUGGGGUGAUGCUCAAUUAAGCGCACACGUCACCAGAGACUGAAGGCUCGAGCCAGAAAGAGAACGCUGGCUUGUGCAAAGGUGGAAAUAUAGAAGAUAUGGACUACAAUUGCUCAUUGAAUGUUCAGUAGAAAGGCGCACACGUAUGUUGGUGCAUUUACUUUGUGUGUAUGUUUUAUUUGAAUUUGAAUUUUUGUUCUGCUGAUGUAAUAUCCGUGUUUUUCAUUGAUCAUUUCACCAUAGUUUUUCACGGUGUUUGCUGGUGAAAAGAAGAUUAAAAUACUGGCUAAACAUCAGUUGGAGCAUGGCCCUUUAUUCUACUUCGAACAUGAAAAACCUUCAGGAGCAGUUACAGUGAAAAACGUGGCCUGUUAUGGAGUGAGCAGCCAGAGCCCUGCACGCCAUGCUUCCAAGAAGACAGCCCACGUGGAAGAGUAGACUGUGAGUUCUUACAUCAGAGAAACGUUUGAACUGCAUAAAGAGAUCUAAGAAAAGGCCAAAAAGAAAAUUGUAUGGUGUAGAUAUUGUACAUUUGUUCAUUUAUUGAAAGUGUAUUACUGUGCUAAUGUUUAAUAUUUAAGGUAGUGUACUCUAGUUAAGUUUCCUUUUAUUGUUCUAAGUUGUUGGUUCAAAACAUUGUAAUGGAGCAGAGUACACAAGAAACUUAUAGCCUUGAGCAAAUACUUAUAGCCUUAGAAGAAGAAAAGGCACAGUUAGAAAAGAAAUUAGAAACUGAACUUGAAGAUGCAGAAAGAGAAGAAAUUGAAGCACGCAUAGGAGAAAUUCAUGGAGACCUUGAAAUACACAAAAUAGGGCUGCCUCAGCCAUCAUCUCAACCUGAUGCAGAGGUGAGACGAACAGACCGUCAAAGGCAACUAACAGAAAAAAUGCGUGAGUUUAAACAGACAGAGAUAACAAGCAAAGAAAGAAAGUUUAUGUCAACAUAUUUAAACUUUAAGGCAGAAAUUCAGCUCACUAGGUCCAAACUUAAAGAAGAAUGUUCUAAAGCAGAAUUAGCUGAAAUGAUCAAGUCAGUAGAAAAAUGUGAGUUGGACCUACAGCAAGAUUAUGUGGCUUUACGUGCACUGACUACACCAUCUCAAGAUAUGAGAAGAAAGAUGGAUAGCUGUACUUCAGUUUCUGCUGAGAUGAUGAUACUUCUGAAAAGGCGUUAUGCAGAUGUUGACAAGGAGUUUGAUGCAUUAGCUGUAAAAGAAUCACUCCUUCAAUUACUCCAAAGAGAAGGUGCAGAAUCAAUUUAUGGCUCAACUGUGUCUAGAGCUGGAAUAAAUAGCCAGCACAGCCAUAGUCAGCAAGGAAGUCAUGUAUCUGCAAGGAAAGCAGAAGCAGCAGCACGACUGGCAUCAAAGCAAGCUGAAAUAAACAGAGAAAUGGAAAUAUCUGCUCGGAGAAAGGAGAUAUUAGCUCAACAAGAGCAACUGAAAAUGUUGGAAAAUCAAAGAGAUCUUGAGGUCAUUCAGGCAGAAUACAAUGUAUAUGCUGAAGAGGAAUCAAAAAUGAAUGCUGAAAUAAGAAAUUGUGAAGUAAGGAGUACUUUGUCUUUCAGUCAGCUUCCUAAACCACUUAGCAGUCCUCCAUGCACCCAAGUUCCUCAGAGCACUGCACCUCCUCACUCUGAAGGUAAAUUCAUUCAGACCUCACAAAGUGUUCACGCCCCUCACUGUGAUACUCAAGUGGGUCCAAAAGAAAGUGAGCUCUCUCUGGUGCAGGCAUUAAAAGAGUCCUUAGCAAUGUCUAGACUUCCAGUACCAGAGCCUUUUACAUUUACAGGAGACCCACUGAAAUUUGUUGAGUGGAGCACUUGCUUUAAGGCGCUUGUCGAGACAAGCUGCACAGAUUCAGCCCAUAAGCUGUUCUACUUGAAGAAGUACAUUGGUGGAGAAGCUCUCUGUGUUUUAGAAGGGACAUUUUAUCGAAGUGACGAGGAAGCUUACAAACAAGCUUGGGAUGCUCUGAAAAAACGCUAUGGACACCCAUUUGUAGUUCAAAGAGCCUUUAGGGGAAAACUAAGCAGUUGGCCAAAGAUUGGACCAAAGGAGUCACUUAAAUUAAGAGAGUUUAGUGAUUUCCUCAUUUCUUGCAAGAAUGCUAUGCCCCACGUCCAAGGCCUCAAGGUUUUAGAUGACUGUGAAGAAAAUCAAAAAAUAUUGCUGAAACUUCCUGAUUGGGCCACAACCCGCUGGAAUCGUUAUGUCACAAAAUUACUGGAUGAAGAAAAGGCAUAUCCAGGGUUUGCAGAAUUUGCAGACUUUGUGGCUGAAGAGGCGCGUAUAGCAUGUAAUCCAGUUUCUUCUCUGUUUGCCUUAAAAAACACAUUUGAAAAACCUGAGAAAGAACAAAAACGUCUGAAGGCCAGUGUCCUGGUGACAUCAGCAAAUGUGUCUAAGGAUGUGAAGAACACUACUACAGUUCAGAGCAACAGAAAAUCAAAGCCCAACCUUCCCUCAACUCAGAACAAAAGGCAACUUGAGUGUAUCUGCUGCAAGCAAAAUCAUUUUAUCUAUAAAUGUGCAAAGUUUACAGCAAUGCCGCUUGAAGAAAAGAAACAGUUCAUUAGGGACAACAAUAUGUGCUUUGCUUGUCUGCGAGUCGGUCACAUUUCCAAAAACUGUCGACAGAGAGCAACAUGUAAUGUCUGCAGACGAAGCCACCCUUCUCCUCUCCAUGAAGAUCCUCCACUGGGAGACGAACCUGAAACACCAUCAGAAGAAGAGAAUGCAGCCACCGUAUCGUGCAGUGUGAGAGUGGGCAACAAUGAUUGCACUUCAAUGAUCGUUCCAGUGUGGCUUUCUUCAUCAGCGAAGAAUCAAGAGACAUUGGUUUAUGCUCUGCUAGACACCCAAAGCAGCAACACAUUUAUUGACCAAGAUAUUUGUGAAAAGAUACAGGCAAGCAGGGAACCAGUGAAGCUAAAGCUGACAACAAUGACUGACAGGUGUUCGAUUGUACCUAGUCAAAGAGUAGAUGGACUGAGGGUAAGAGGGUACAACUCAGAAAAGUACAUUGACUUGCCACCAACUUACACUCAAGAGUACAUUCCAUUGGAGAAACACAGUAUUCCAACUCGAGAGACAGCAAAAAAGUGGCCCCAUCUACUCAGCAUUGCAAAUGAAAUGCCAGAUCUCUUGGACUGUCCUAUAGCUCUUCUCAUUGGUUACGACUGUGCAAGAGCUCUAAAACCAAGGGAAGUCAUACCAGGAAAUGAUUAUGAUCCCUAUGCAAUAAAAACAGACUUAGGGUGGAGUAUCGUGGGAGCCAUUAAGCCAUGGAAAAGUUCGAUGGAAGCAGCAGGGAUCUGUCAUCGUGUCACAGUAAAGGAGCUGCCAUCUGUCACACCUGCUUCUGUGAUUAAAGCACUUGAAAAUGACUUUCUGGACACAAACCAUAAAGAAGGGAGUGCAUCUCAAGAGGACAUUCAGUUUCUAGAGAUGCUGAAUGAGAACAUUCACUACAAUGAGGAAGGCCAUUUAGAAAUGCCUCUGCCUUUUAGAGAACGCCCACAGCUUCCAAAUAACAAGCAGCUUGCAAUGUUUCGCUUGAAACGUUUAAAAGGAAAAAUGGAUAAGAACCCAAAGUACAAGGAAGACUACAUACAGUUCAUGAAUAGUGUCUUUAAAGAUGGUGAUGCAGAGGAAGCAGAUGGCACAUCAACAGGUAGUAACACAUGGUACAUUCCGCACCAUGGCGUGUAUCAUCCCAGGAAGCCGGAGAAAAUUCGAGUGGUUUUCGACUGCUCUGCUAAACACGAAGGCAUCUCUUUAAAUGACCACCUACUCACAGGCCCAGACUUGAUUAAUGCUCUGGCAGGGGUUUUGUGCAGAUUUCGAGAGCAUCAAAUAGCAAUUAUGUGCGAUGUGGAAAAAAUGUUUCAUCGCUUCCAUGUCAACCCAGAGGAUCGAGACUUCUUAAGGUUUCUGUGGUGGAAGGACGGGAAUACAGAUACUGAGCCUAAGGAGUAUCGCAUGCGAGUACACAUUUUCGGAGCGGCAUCAUCACCGGGAUGUGCUAACUAUGGCAUGAAGUAUCUCGCCAGGGAACAAGAGAAGGACUACCCACUAGCAGCCAGAUUCAUUCACAAAAACUUUUAUGUGGAUGACGGGCUAAUCAGCAUUGAUUCAGUCAGGGAAGCCAAGCAGCUGGUCUGUGAAGCACAAGAGGUCUGUGCAAAAGCGAAACUGCGCUUGCACAAAUUUGCAUGCAAUAAUAAGGAGGUCAUGAGCAUUAUCCCAGAAACAGAAAGAGCCAGCAAUACCAAAGAUGUAAACCUGAACUACUCUGUAAUUCAAAUGCAAAGUGUGCUGGGAGUAAAGUGGAACAUAGAGGCUGACGUGUUCUCAUUCAGUGUAGCCCUCAAAGAAAGGCCAGCCACACGCCGAGGAAUUCUAGCAACAGUUGCUAGUGUGUAUGACCCGUUAGGAUUUCUCUCACCCUACAUUUUGACAGGGAAACAAGUACUCCAGGAAAUGUGCAAACGCGGAGUGGGAUGGGAUGAACCUAUUCCCCCGGCACUAGAGACCAAAUGGAAAGCAUGGCUCGGUGACUUGGAGAAUCUGAAAAGGAUUGAAAUACCAAGAUGCCUUGUUCCUGAGAACUUCGGCAAGGUCAAAAAAAUUGAGCUGCAUCAUUUUUCGGAUGCCAGCAGCUGUGGCUAUGGACAAUGUUCAUACAUCAGGAUUGUUGCUGAUAAGAACGUGCAUUGUGCACUGGUCAUGGGUAAAGCCAGAGUGGCACCCACAAGAAUAAUCACUAUCCCACGCCUUGAGCUCACUGCAGCUGCAGUUUCUGCAGCUGUAAGUAACUUCCUCAGGUCAGAGCUCGAGCGGAAAAUUGACGAGGAGUUUUUCUGGACAGAUUCUAAAGUGACGCUUGGAUACAUAAAAAAUGAUGCUCGUCGCUUUCAUGUCUUUGUGGCAAAUCGAGUUCAGAAAAUAAGAGACUCUACUGAUCCAAAGCAAUGGCUUUACAUUGAAUCUGAUCAAAAUCCAGCUGAUCACGCGUCUAGGGGCCUCAAGGUGGCAGAUCUGCUAAGCUCGAAUUGGCUCACUGGACCUAAAUUCCUAUGGGAAAGGGAAAUUGUCACAAACCAACAUUCCCCUGAUCUUCUUGUUGGGGACCCAGAAGUAAAGGUCCUGAAGACAAAUGCCCUUGAAGAAAACAGCUUUCUUGAGAGGUUCUCAAGAUUUUCCAAUUGGGAUACAGCUCUUAACGUUGUGGUAAGAAUUAAAAGACUUGCACGGAGAGAUAAGUCAGGACCCAUUAGUGUAGAAGAAAGACAAAUGGCUGCUUUUGUACUCUUCCAGGCAGCACAGAGGGAAGCCUUUAAAGAAGAGCUCAAAUGGUUCAGUCAAAACUCAGCUGGACUACCAAAAACUCAUAAAAUGUAUCAACUCGAUCCUAUUUUGGUAGACAACUUGCUUAGGGUUGGAGGAAGGUUGAGAAAGUCCUCAGCAUCAUUUGCAUUGAAUCAUCCAGUAAUCCUUCCAAAGGAAGGCAUUGUCACACAACUCGUUCUUGACCACUGUCACAAGAAAACGCAACACCAAGGCCGAGGCCAAACUCUGAACAAACUCAGGGAAAGUGGCUAUUGGAUCAUAGGUGGCAGUAAGGUAGUGGCCAAAUACAUUAAAGGGUGUGUCAAUUGUAGAAAAGUGCGUGGGCCAGCUGAAGAACAACGCAUGGCUGACUUGCCAUUUGACAGAGUGGAUCCUUCGCCCCCAUUCACCUACACUGGAGUUGAUGUUUUCGGCCCCUUCUAUACGAAACAAGGUCGAAGGGAAUGGAAGAGGUAUGGCCUGUUGUUUACGUGUUUAAGCUCGAGAGCCGCACACAUUGAGAUGUUGGAAGAUCUCUCCACUGACGCAUUUAUAAACGCUUUAAGAUGCUUCAUAGCAAUCAGAGGCACAGUCAGACAGAUUCGUUCUGACCAAGGGACAAAUUUUGUCGGAGCUAAGAACGAGUUCAAGAAGGGUCUAUUGGAAUUAGACAAGGAGAUGAUUUCUACUUAUCUAGCUAAAAACCAGUGUGACUUUCAAAUGAAUGUUCCUGAAGCUAGUCACAGAGGAGGCGUUUGGGAACGACAGGUUCGCACUGUUAGGAAUGUCAUGAGUUCUGUCCUAGCCCAAGCUACAGGAAGGUUAGAUGACACCUCAUUGAGAACUUUCUUCUACGAGGCCAUGUCAAUUUUGAACCAUCGUCCACUCACUACUGAUACGAUCAACGACCCCAACAGUGCUGAGCCUUUGACGCCUAAUCAUUUGCUCACAAUGAAAGAGUCUGUGCCACUUCCGCCUCCUGGUAGAUUUGUAAGAGAAGAUUUGUACGCCAGGAAGAGGUGGCGGAGGGUGCAAUAUUUAACAGAGUUGUUCUGGAGCAGGUGGCGCAAGGAAUACCUAACCAGCAUUAGUUUAAGACAACGAUGGCAUUCUCCUAAACAAAAUGUACAGGUUGGAGAUGUAGUGAUUUUAAAGGAGGACAAUAUUCCAAGAAAUGAGUGGAAAUUGGGAAGGGUGGUUGAAGCCAAUGAAGAUGAUGAUGGUUUAGUGCGGAAGGUUAAGAUCCAAAUAGGGCAAAAGGAGCUGGGAAAGAAAGGUGAACGUUUGAAACAAGUCUCUUUUCUUGAAAGACCAGUUCAGAAACUAGUGGUACUAGUUAAAGGGUCUAAACUACAGUGAAGUAGUACAAGGGUUAAGAACACAAGCACAAUAUGUGAUCUAUAAGUUUAUUUAAGAAGUGAUUUUUUGUAACAUAAGUUGAUGUUUGAUCGUCAAAAUAUUAAAAAUUACAGGAUUUAAUUUUGUUUAACUCAUGUAAAUAGAAAUCCUUUGUAAUUUUGGUGGCAGUGUAGCUGUCGCAUUGAAAUGUAAUUAUUAUGUGAUUGCAAUGUUCAAAAGUUUGGUGUUUAAUCUGUAUUUGUGUUGUGUUGUCGCCACCUACUGGUGGACCUGAGUGUGGCGCUUUGUGGUGCGCAUGCUUUGGGGUGAUGCUCAAUUAAGCGCACACGUCACCAGAGACUGAAGGCUCGAGCCAGAAAGAGAACGCUGGCUUGUGCAAAGGUGGAAAUAUAGAAGAUAUGGACUACAAUUGCUCAUUGAAUGUUCAGUAGAAAGGCGCACACGUUUUUCACGGUGUUUGCUGGUGAAAAGAAGAUUAAAAUACUGGCUAAACAUCAGUUGGAGCAUGGCCCUUUAUUCUACUUCGAACAUGAAAAACCUUCAGGAGCAGUUACAUUCCUGAUGUUGCUGUCAUUCGGUAUCACUAUGUCUAUCACUACGGCCGUCUGCUGCUUCUGCUUGUCUUCCACUACUAUGUCCGGUUGGUUAGCUGCCACCAGUUUGUCUGUCUGUAUCUGGAGAAAUCUCUAAAUCUCUGACAUUUAUAUCUGUGGGCUUUGCAUCUCCCAGGACUUGGUUACCUCCUCUCUGCCCUUUGGUGUGUUUUAAAUCAGUCUUUGUUUUUGCUCCUUGUCAUUAGAAACCCUGUAGGGAGACUGUGGUCGCUUAAAUGUGACUUUUGCAUUUUACACUGGCUUGCAAAAGUAUUCAGCCCCCUUGAA